AUGACAUUGUUCAAAUAUAUUAGAGAAUCAUGUUAUGAUACUGCUCUGGCAAAGCUCAAAGAGCACCAGAUGGCUGAAUCAUUCUGCUCAUCAUUUGUCCAUCACAUCAUUGGUCAUGACACACUUGAGUUGCACCGUUACUACCGUGAGGCGGGCAUGUCUCUUCUACCCUUGGGUAAUGCAUUGGAGGAUUUGAUAUCAUGGAAGCUGAAGGCUAAUGAGGAGAGACCACAUCAACUCGUUGACUUGUUCUUUGAGUACUUGGACACAAGGACAAAGGAACACAAUAGGGCAACUAAACCAAAGGAUGAACUAUAA